CUUUUAUCACGACUCAACAUGUUCACGAGACAUUCCCAUAAUCAGAGACACGCUCAACUUAGAUAACAGCGAAAAGGACUGUUUGGAUUAAUUGAUGGUCGCCAUACUAUGAACAGUCAGACGUCGAUAAUUCCACCAAGAAUGAGCACGCAUCUUUAAUUGCAUCUUUAAUUGAAUAUUGAAUAUCAAAUCUCUAGUCCUGCGCUCAGCCGCUGUGUCUACCUACUCGUCCACGAAAUUAUUCGCCACACUUUUCUCUUUACGACAUCGAGCUUUCAGUAGUGACGAUGUCAGAGAGUGUAUUCUUCCAAGGCAGCCUACAAGAUGGCAUCUCCCUUGCCAUCCAACAGACCAAGAUGGUGCUCGCAUUUGUCACUGACAGUGGAGACGAGAGUCAACUUUGGGAGAACGAGCUCCUCACAAACGAUUCCCUAAAAUCACCACUCAAAAAUCAAGCUUUGGCCUUGCGACUACAGGCAGGGUCUGAAGAGGCAGGAUUUCUAGAAGCACUAUUUCCUAUACCAAAAAAGCCAACAGUAGUAAUCAUUCAAAACGGAACUCUAAAAGAGUAUAUUCAAGGUGGCACAGCAAAGGAGGAUCUGGUUCGCAGGAUCGAGGCGAUUCUCAAAACUGCAUCAACAACUCAGACCCAACAAACUGCUACUGCCCCUGCAGGACAGGCUUCAAGUCAGCCACCUCCGGCCGCUCAGGGCCCGGUACCCACCAGGAGUAACGCAUUAGACAACCUAUAUGAUGACUAUGACAUCCCAGCCAGGCCCUCUCCUGCACCAGCAGAACCUUCCCGGGAAGGGCAGAGUUCACAAGAAGCGAGGCGCCUAGAAGCAGAAAAGAAAGCGAAGGAGGCUAAAGAAGCUAAAGCCAAGGAAACCAAAGCUAAGGCAGAGCAAGAAGCCAAGGCCAGGUCAGAGCGAGAAGCCCAGGCACGAGAGCGACGCAGACCUAGUGAAAGCAACGAGGGCCAGUCCUCUAAUACCAACAGAGCAGAGCGGUCUUACGCAGAAGAAGUCAGACAACAGAAGAUCCGAGCAGCUGAGGACAGAAAACGCAUUCUAAAGCGCAUCGAAGAUGACAGGCGAGAGCGCAAAGAGCGCGAGGCCAAAGAAAAACAAGCAAGACUACUUCUAACCACGUCAAACGACACCGAAGCUUCCAGCAGCCAAACCCCGUCUAUUCCCCUCGCCCGAAGACAAGCCAGCAGCUCAGGAGACUACUGCAACUUACAGGUCCGCUUGUUUGACGGCUCGACAAUCCGAUCGCGCUUCAAGAGCGACGCGACCCUUAGUAAUGAAGUACGCAAGUGGAUCGACGAGGACCGGACUGACAGCGACGACCCGUACACCUUCCGAAUCGUCCUAACGCCACUUCCCAACAAAGCCGUCGAACCCGCCGAGGAAACAGAGCCUCUCCUAUCCCUUGGCCUAGCCCCUUCUGCCACUCUCGUCCUAGUCCACGCCAAGUACUCCUCCGCGUUCGCACGCGCCUCCGGCGGCUUCGUCUGGCGCAGCCUAGCGUACGUCCUAGGCUUCUUCGGCUCCGGAUACGGGUUCCUGGUUGGAAUGCUAGGCGGACUCACCGGCCUGCUAAGCAGUCGUGGAGCUGCGUCGCCCGAGGAGGUCCCGCUGCAGAAUCUACCCGCGGGUAGGACUUCCUCGCGGAUCAGGGGGUUUGAUGAUGCCGAGGACAGGCGUAGGGACGCGCAGUUGUAUAAUGGGAAUUCGUUGAAUUUUGAACCGCGGAGAGAUGAAGGUGAUGAGGAUGUGGAUUGAACCUGUACUUCGAGGGGGGGUGUUGAUUGGUGGCACUGUCUCUGGCCAUGGCUUUCCUUCUAAUUGUAGGAUGUUAUGUUGAUGUACUACACUGUUCAGAUAUGAGAUAGUUUUAAUAAUAGCUUAUGCUACGUGUCGUCUUCU